AGCGAGCCUCCCACGAUCACACAUCAGCAUGGGACGCUGCCUCGCGCCCCAACAAUGGAGUGGCUCAUACCAUCAUCGCUGAUUGUUGCGGGGACAUUCUUCCCAAACAAACCAAACGCAACUCCGCUUUUUUAGCCGUGAAAGCCUCGUCGCUCCGGAAUAACCCCCCCAAAAAAGGGAUCAAGUUGAAAUAUUUGCCGUCAGUUGACUUGGAAAACAUUUAAUCUCAGCUUUGUCAAGAUCUAUUCAAAGAAACCCUUUGCAGAAAAAAGAAAAAAGUGGCUGGAUUGUUCUGCGCCGCUGCCGCCUCCUCCAGCAGGAGCGCAUUUGAUAUCAGAGACGGUGCAGCCAUGGAUCUGACCCGGGGAUUUAAACGCUUGGAUUCAGUGGCGCGCUGUGCGUCUCUGUGAGGAUGGAAAGGAAAUAACCGGGAAUUUAACCAACAUACCAGGCAGUGUUGCAGCAAAAGGAUGCCGCUGGUUAAGCGCACCAUCGAGCCCAGGCACUUGUGCCACACGGUACUGCCUAGGAACAUCAAGAAUGAGCUGGAAUGUGUGACCAACAUCUCCUUGGCCAGUGUCAUUCGCCAGCUCAGCAGCCUCAGUAAAUAUGCAGAGGACCUUUUUGGAGAGCUGUUCAAUGAAGCCCACUCCUUCUCUUUCCGGGUCAACUCCCUGCAGGAGAGGGUGGACCGACUCUCCAUCAGCGUCACACAACUGGACCCCAAAGAAGAAGAAUUGUCUCUUCAGGACAUCACCAUGAGGAAGGCCUUCAGGAGUUCUACCAUUCAGGACCAGCAGCUGUUUGACCGCUCAUCCCUCCCGGUCCCUCUGCAGGAAAGCCUCCAGACCUGCGAGGAGCCGCCUCCUCUUAACAUCCUCACGCCCUACAGGUCUGAAAACUGUUGUUUCAUGCAAAAACGUACGGUGGACCUUAAGUGCGAACCACAUCAACAAAUCAUUAAUCACAACUCCAAAUUUUGAAAAAAAAAACGUAAC